AUGGAUAGGCCAAGGCCAAAUGAUCAUUUGGGUGUGAAUAAAACUGGGAAGAGUAUCAGAAAGAGUCCUCUGCAUCAAUCGAGUUUUGCUUCAAAUGUUCACAACAACGCCACCACCACUGGGAGGCCUCAAAACCACCAGCCUCAGGUUUAUAACAUAAGCAAAAACGACUUUAGAAGUAUCGUUCAGCAGCUAACGGGUUCUCCAGCACGCGAAAGCAUUCCUCGCCCUCCUCAGAACAACAACCCACCAAAGCCUCAGAAUACUCGGUUGCAUCGGAUUAGACCAGCUCCUUUAACGCAGAUCAACCGGCCUGCGGUUCCUCUCCCUACCAUGGUUCCUCCACAAUCUCAUCCGCAGUUUUCUAGACCGCCUCCACCCCAGCCACCUUUCCCUCAAGGCACACAACAAUCAAUGAUGAUGGGUCACGGUCACGGGGACCAGUUUUGGUCUAAUACAGCUGAGUCUCCUGUCUCUGAGUAUAUGCGUUAUCUUCAAAGCUCACUUGGGAAUCCAGGACCUAGUGGUAACCAAAUGCAGCCAGGUCAUGAGCAGCGGCCAUACAUCCCAGGUCAUGAGCAGCAGCCUUAUGUCCCAAGUCAUGAGCAGCGGCCAUAUAGCCAAGGCUAUGAGCAUCAGCCAUAUAUGCCAGCACAGCCUCAAUCACAACCUCAACCUCAACCUCAGCCACAUAUGAUGCCUGGAUCGCAACCUCGAGUGAAUAUGCAGGGGCCACUUCAACCUAACCAGUAUCUACCACCACCGGGUUUAGUUCCUAGCCCAGUGCCUCGUAAUCUACCUUCCCCUCGGUUCAAUGCUCCUGUACCUGUCACCCCAACUCUACCGUCUCCCAGGUUCAACCAGAUGUAUGGUGGAUUUCCUUCUCCCCGAUAUAAUGGUUUCGGGCCACUACACUCACCCACAUCCCAGUUUCUUCUACCAUCACCUACUGGUUACCCGAAUAUGUUCUCUCCGAGAUCACCUUACCCGUUACUAUCACCAGGAGUUCAGUAUCCUCAACCACUCACCCCAAACUUCUCAUUUUCACAUAUUCCUCAACCUGGGAGUCAUGGAACCGGUUCAGUUCCAGGUCCAGGUCCUGCUCUGCCUCCUCCUUCGCCAGGGGCCAUGUUCCCGUUAUCUCCAUCCGGGUUCUUUCCGGUUUCAAGUCCAAGAUGGAGUGAUUAUUAGAUGCUUUCUUCCGAUUCAUUGAAUUUUAAAGUAACUCACAAUAUGUUUAUUCAAGUCUCCCUAGGUUGUUAGUCUGUACUAUGAAAGAAGCUUUAUACUUCAGAGCCUAUAGUGGAAUAGACGCAGCAGAGUAGAGGCGUAAAUUACUAAAGAGCUUUUAGAAGCAAUGAAGAUUUUUAUAGGGGUUUUUUUUUUACUGUGGGAUUUUAUAGGUCAUAAAGUUGGGAAUCUUGGGACAUGGUGAUUACCUUUGUUUUUGUUUGUUACAUUAUAAGUUUUAUCUUUGCUUAAUUUGUACACAGACUACAGACGAACUCAGUCAGUUUAUAUGAUUUUUGGGUGUUUUCAAAGCUAA